UCAUCGUCUACUGAGCCGCCAGCUGUACCGGAGAAGCUUGGUCUUUUUGCGCGUUUCAAGAAGAUGUACAAGGAAUACUGGUACGUCCUCGUACCCGUACAUUGCCUCACGUCAGUUGCGUGGUUCGGUGGCUUUUACUACGCAUCGACUAGCGGCGUUGAUGUGAUCGCAAUCCUCGAAUCGCUUGGUGUGUCCGAAACACUGAUUAAUCCAGUACGAGAUUCCAGUCUGGGUCACAUCGCUAUCGCGUACUUGCUUUAUAAAAUUGCCACUCCGGCGCGUUACACGGUAACCUUAGGCGGUACAACCAUUUCUAUCAAAUAUCUAGAACAGUGGGGUUAUAUUAAACCGAUCCCAUCCAAGGCGCGGCUGGUUCAAAUGUACAAGGAUAAGAAGGAAAACAUUCAAGAGAAAAUAGCCGAGAAAAAGCAAGAUUUCAAGGAUCGAAAGCAGCAGUUGACGGAUAAAAAAAACACCCUGAUGAAUGAUUUGAAGGCGGACAAAACCAGCAAACCAGCUUCGACUGCGACCAGCAGCGUGACAGAAAACAAAUAGCACAGAGGUCAUAGAAAAGAAAACCUGGUCGAUGGUUGGUGAUGGUUGCCUUGCUUCUGUUCUUAUCAUCAGAGAUGAUGCUUGGGAGUUGGAAUGUUUAUCGGGUUCGUUAUGUCCCAUAGGCCGGCAUAGUUAUUAGAA